AUGCUCCCCUUGCUCCAAGUCCACGUCUCUUCCCCUCUGGUGCCUUCCGUCCCCCUGGAACCAGCAGUAAUCCGCCGUCGGACUGAGCCUAAAUUCUUGUUCUUCGUCAUCCUUUUUCUGACGUGCGCUUUCCCGUGCGCUACCGCCUGCACGGACACUCUGUUUCUCCAUCAGGAGAAUAUCCGCUGCACCAGUGCGGCCUCCACCGGCCGUACCACCUGUACCCUUCACAAAAUGAUUUUGGCACAGCUUAGUCAUGCCAACAUGGACAAUUGCUUCCUUCUGCGUGACCUCAAUCAUACUAUCAUUGGCGAAGUGCGAAUUCGCUUGCUCUCUGUUCGGCAGACCUGCCAGAAGGCGGUGGUUGCCUACACUCGCGACAGCAUUCCGACGAUCGUGUUUAAUAAACGAUGCCCUCGCAUGGGUUCGUGCAAAAACAACUAUUGUGCCCAAGUUACGAGCGACACGAUUAUCCCCGAAUUGCCUGAUGCCGCCAAUCACGCUCUCGGCAGCUCUCACUGUGCGGAGAGCUGUGGAGGGAUCGGCUGCUUGUGCGGAUUUUUCUCGCCUGGAUGCUUGUUUUAUCGCAUCACUGAAUCUCCUGUGUCAAGGCAUCCUAUUGAAUAUUUCAAAUGCCGCUCUUGGAAAAGCAAUAUUGACUUGGAAGUUCAAGUGCACAUUGCGAAUCGCACCUCUCGGGAGUCUUCCCGUUUCAAGCCAUAUCGCACUGCCCAAUUCCAGGGAUAUAGCCUGGUCGUUAAUUCUGCUGAUUUGGCUACCUUUGAUAGUCAUUUUCAACGGUUUUUGCUCGACAAAUCCCGUAACAUCUCUGCACUUGCGCCUUCUGACUUCCAGCCCUUGAUCAAAUGCCGAAGUCCCCGCUUUCUCAAUUGCACCUUCUUUGAUUCUUGCACCUGUCAUCCCAUCGAUGAUAAUGUUGAUUGCCGCUGCCAUUACUCACGUCUGCAGGCCAUAUUCCAAGAUCUUUCCCAGGUCUUGCCCGUCACGACGCCAGACUAUAGUCUGGUCUUGUCUCAAGGCUUUCUUCCCGAGAUCUACCAUCGCUCCUUUCAAAUAGGCUACAUGUUGGAUCUCCAGGGCCUCAGUUUUGAGCCCGUUACCUUUUCCGAACUUUUUCAAUCGGCGGACAUUCGAGUUCUGUCCGUCUCCGGUUGCUUCUCGUGCUCCUCGGGCGCUCUUGUUACCUUCUCCUGUCAACUCGCUCACCCUGAUUUGAUCCCCAUUUAUUUGGAGUGCCACGAUCUCGAGCCUUCCAACUCUCAAUUUUUUGCCAUCUCUUGUCGAAACCAUGCCGUUCUUACAAACAUCUCCCUGCACUUUUCCGUGCCUCAGGUUCAACAAACCUGCCGAUCUCGGCAAAUUCCCUCUUUGCAAUUUCCGCUUACCGGCGUACUGCAUUUUGAUGCGGCCCGGCAAUCCCUUAAUAGCGAGGUUUAUCGCGUUGCCGUGUUUUCCCGCUGGCAUUUCGAUAUUCCCUAUGCCUCACUGAUCACUUUUUGCACCAACUUCUAUCACGUCAUGCUUUUCGUCCAAUCUCAUCGUUUGGCCUUGCUCGCCCUCGUGCUUCUUGUCGUAGCCAUCUUGUACAGCCUUUAUCAAGACUCUUUGCAACACUCGCCUCCCGAUCCGAUAAUGUCCUCGAUCUUGAAGUGGUCGACCUCCCAGCGCCGCCCUGACGUCGAGCAAAUGAAUGACUUGGCCUCUUUCCCGCCCGUCGUGGACAUUGGCUUGCCAGCCCCUCCGCGACCUGCCAAGAAAAGCGCCCGUGCCCCGCCAGCUAGGCGUGCCCUGAGCCUGCCCCGCCGCCGCCCCGCCACCGUUGCGGACGAGCGUCCGGCCGUGCCGCCCCCCCUCCAACCCCAGGCUCACCAGCCCUUGGACGCACUCUUGCCCCCUCCUGCUCCCGCCUCGCAGCCUCUCGAGGUGGCGGUUGUUGCCCCGCUUGCGGAAGAGAAUCGAGGCCCGUCCACUUCGCCUCCAGCGGCCCCUGGGACUGGCCUUGCCGCCCUCGAGGAGGGUGUCUUGCUAUCGGACGAGCAGUUCUUCGCGGUUAUGCUCGAGGAUGACAUUCCGGGAGACGCCUGCGCUGUGGACUCCCACAUGCCCGAGCCCGCGGCUCUCCCUCCUCCUGCACUCGCCUCCCUUGAUGUCGACAUGGAGAUGAGCGGCUGCGAGGCCCCGCCCGUGAAACGACGGGUCCUGACCGGCGAAGACGCCGAGGCGUACGACAAGUACCGUGCCGAAAUGGCUGCCAAAGCCCUCCGCGAGGAAGAACGGAUUCGCGCUGAACGCGAAGUCCGUGAAAACAAGCUACGCAGCAUCAUGAAUGGGCUUGACCGAUUGCACGAGGGGACCCCGGUGCACCUGGGAUUCGGCACGAUGCCGGGUGAACUUCGAGCCCAGGCCCAGGAAAAUUGCGUCCUUUGCUCCCAAGCCCACUCGCUUUUAAAUUGCUAUAUAUUCGCUACAGCCGAAGAGCGUAGUGCGGCCCUAGCUCGCUACUCAAUCUGCGACAACUGUUUUUCCCAUACGACCAACGGGCGUGCCCGCUGCCAUGCUUCGCGCCGCUUCUGCACCGUCUGCGUCCGCCACUAUGGCGAUCUCGUACCUGAAGCGGAACACAAUUCUGCUCUCUGCCCUCGGUUCUUUACCCUUGCUCGAGCCCUCGUUGAGAAAGCAAAAUGGUUUCCCGUGCAAUCGCGGCGCACUCCGCGUGCUGCUCCGUCGUUGUUUGCCGCUCCCGCUGCCCCGAUCCCGUUUCCUCCCGGGCUGCCUCGCCCG